UCGGCAACGCGUUCAUUCCGUGGUCUGGCCGGUGGCGGCAGUCGGCGGUCUAUCCGUGCGAGUUUUCAGUGAGAGUCGUCGAGUCGGACGAGCGCGUUUCCGCCGACGCGGCUCGGGGAGAGAGAGAGAGAGAGAGAGAGAGCAUCCGGUGGGUCCUCGCGCGUGCACGUCCCUCGGCGUCUUUCGGUCGGGCAAGCGACGGCGGCGGCGGCGGCGGCGGUGGCGGCGGCGGCGCUCUCGGAUGACCGCUCGAGCCGAGCUCGCGAUCGCGUCGCGGCGGUGGGGGGGAGGCCCAGCAGCCUGGCCGCUCGUGGCACCGCUCGCCAAAAUGAAAAUGGCGGUGGUGUUCCCUUGAGCGGAGGUACGGUGACGGACGAUGCCCGCCACCCUGACGGACACGUGAGUAAGGACGGUGUGCGCGCAUCGCGGCCCCGCUACCCAGCGAGCGGAGCGUCGGCGCGGAGCGGCCCGAGAGGGAGAGCCGACCGACGGCCGAGCGAGCGAGCGGCGGGCGGUCGCCCGAGUCGCGGUGGCGCGAUGGAGUGACCCGCCGCCGAGUCCGUUGACUCACGGGGGAGCGCGAGGGUCCGACCCGUCGCGCCUGCCGAGGGGACGUUGGAACGAGCCUUCAUGCCGAUGCCGGCCGAGUAUCUCGAGGCCCACGGGAACCACGAGAACGCGAAUUUCGGGCUCGGGGCUACGCAAGACGCCACCAACAUGACGGCCAACAUGUACCGGGUGGGAGAUUACGUGUACUUCGAAACAUCGUCGACGUCCCCCUACCAAAUACGCAGGAUAGAGGAAUUAAAUAAGACGGCUAGUGGGAACGUAGAAGCAAAGGUGAUGUGUUUCUUCAGGCGGAGGGAUUUACCUUCUACCUUGAUAAUGCUUGCGGACAAACACCAAUUGGCGAGCGCGGAGCAGCAGAGGUCAGAAUCCCCUGCGAGCACGCAGAGCCAGAAACUGGAGAAUCCAGACUCUACUAAGGAAAUGACUAGUAAAGAUGGGAUCGGGCCCAAAGUGAUGAGCAAAGGGGGCGGGAAGGGGGGCUGGUUGAAGGCCCCGCUAUCGGAGGCCCAGGAGCCCCACGGGAUGGAGGAAGGAAUAGUAGGUGCCGGAGGAGUCGCCGAAUUGAGUACGAAGCAACGUCACCAAAUGAAGCACAGAGAGCUCUUCCUCUCCCGACAAGUCGAAACCAUGCCGGCUACUCACAUAAGGGGAAAGUGCUGCGUGACGCUGCUCAACGAGACCGAAUCCUUGUUGAGCUACCUUAACAAGGAAGACUCCUUUUUCUACUGCUUGGUGUUCGACCCCGCUCAACGUACAUUGCUGGCUGACAAAGGGGAAAUCAGAGUCGGCAGCAGAUAUCAGGCCGACGGGAUCGUCUCGUCGCCUUUGACCUCGGCGGAAAGGGAGUCCGAUCCGCGCAGGUUGCAGGACCUCGAAACGCUGGUGUGGACCCCUCGUCAUUCGCUGACGGAUCGUCAGAUCGAUCAAUUCCUCGUCGUCAGUCGGUCCGUGGGCACCUUUGCGAGAGCCCUCGAUUGUUCGUCCUCCAUUAAACAACCCUCGUUGCACAUGUCCGCGGCAGCUGCAUCAAGGGACAUUACCCUUUUCCAUGCAAUGGAUACCUUACACCGACAUAAUUACGACGUGGCAAAGGCGAUGUCGUCUUUGGUGCCAAGUACUGGCCCUGUAUUGUGCAGAGACGAAAUGGAGGAAUGGAGCGCCUCCGAGGCGAAUCUCUUCGAAGAGGCUCUUGACAAGUAUGGAAAGGAUUUUUCCGACAUUCGUAAAGAUUUUCUCCCCUGGAAAACGUUGAAGAACGUGAUCGAGUAUUACUACAUGUGGAAGACGACGGAUCGCUACGUGCAGCAGAAAAGGGUGAAGGCCGUGGAAGCCGAGAGCAAGCUGAAGCAAGUCUACAUACCAAACUACAACAAGACUCCCGUAUCCUCGACCGUGCCUUCGACUGCCACGAUAAUACCGCUCGGUAAUACCAACAAUAGCAACGGGAAGGCCGUCAACAUCCUCAACGGCAGUAGCAACGGCAACAUCACCGGCAACAUCACCGGCAACAUCACCGGCGACGGCGGCGGCGGCGGUGGCGGCGGUGGCGGCGGCGGCGGCGGCGGCGGCAUGCUGGUCGUGGGAGUCGGCGGAAAACCCUGCGAGAGCUGCCAGGUCAUGCAGAGUCCCCAGUGGUACGCCUGGGGGCCGUCUCACAUGCAGUGCCGGCUCUGCCAGUCGUGCUGGAUGUACUGGAAGAAGUACGGAGGGCUCAAGGUCCCCUCGCGCAUCGACGACGUCGACCUGGACCGCAAGAGGGGCGGCGCCGGCUCGGACGAGGAAGGCAAAGGAGUCGGCGGAGCGCAUCGGCCGCAUCGCUGCAGCAUCCCAUCGUGCGGCAAGGAGUUCAAGCUGAAGGCGCACCUGAGUCGCCAUUACGCCAGCGCCCACGGCGUCGACCUGCGGGGCAGCGGAGCCGGGGGCGGCGGCGGCGGAGGAGGUUCGCCGCGACCCGUCAUGAAGACCCGCUCCGCCUUUUACCUGCGCACCUCUGCCCUGGCGCGGGCCGCUCGCCGCCUUUGCGCCGCCCAGCUGCGCACCCGCCACGCGGCGCGCGCUCCGCACCAACCGGUCAACGCGGCCCCCCUCAGGCACCUCUGCGCUUCGCCCCAGUUGACCUCGAAGAGCCCCGCGGAGCUGCGCAUCCUGGCGCGCGCCGUCCGGCCCAGGCCCCGUCCCCGCGUCACGGACAUCGCGACUCGUCUCGGCGAUCAUCCCGCUCCGAGGCAGCCCGGCGACUGGGACUGGUUGGCCCUCACCGCGCCCGCCCAGCGCAAGCAGCCCGACCGCGUGUCCUUCCCAAGGCCGCCCAAGGCCCCCGACGGCAGCCUCCUGUACGAAAGAGUACCGAACAAGCCAGAGAUCGACAGACUGCCCUUAACACCUCCUCAGCCGCAACCAGCUCUGCAAACGCAGCAGACGAUCCUGAAGCGAACGAGGCCACCCUUUGAUGAGAUCAAUGGCUCGGAUGGUAUCGCCCUGAACGCAGGGCUCCCUGGUGGACCGCCCGCAAAAAGAGCUCACUACUCGCAACAGCUGCACCCAAAGCACGCGUUGGAACAUGCCGCACCUACGGUGCUUCCUCUUGCACCGCCUCUGAAUGGAAGAGCGGCUCAUCCUCAUUCUCUUCCACACGGGCCACCGUUAUCGAGGAGCAACGCGCGCAAGCAGGUCAUUUCGUGGAUGGAUGCACCCGACGACGUUUACUUUCGAGCCUCCGAUCAGACAAAAAGACUCAGAAAAACCUUGUCUUCGGUGGACUUACGAAGAGCGGCACGCAAGCCAUGGCGCAGACUGCCCGCUCCCCUCCACCCUCCCCAUCCUCAGAGAUCGUCGCGAGGCGACAACAUGGUCGUGAUCCUCGACUGAACUUCCCACCGGGAACCGCUAGGCGAGCCAGCCGAUGUGAAUCGAGUCAACCGUGGAGGAAUUAAGAAUCUAAAUGUAAUCCAAACUGGUGGAAUGCCCGGAGCGAGGCUUUGCUUGCGCGCGGCCCGGCGUUCCGUUCUCUGGCGACUCGAGGGUUUCUCGUGCGGAGACCGAUCGCUACCGAAAGCUUCUUCGAUGCCCUCUAUGAUGGCCAAUCGACGCAAAUAUCCGAAGAGACAUCACCGAUCAUCGUUAAAAAAAGGCCGCGCGUGUCCCACGCGAGCGAUGCACCCCGCUUGGCGUGCCCUCCUGUGCACGUGUAUGGACGACGGGAGCGCGUCUUCGGAAUCAACGUUGGGGUCGAACUUAACGAAUCGAGUCAUUCACCGUGAAUCAUGAUUUUCUAUACGUAUUAAUUAAUUAUUGUUGUUAUUAAUAAUAAUUAUUAUUAUUAACUGAAUGUACAUAUUACACAUACAUACCGCACAUUCAUACACGCAUAGCCCAGGCGACGGUGCCCAUGAACCGUGGACACGUCUUUAAAGAGUUGGUAGAGAUAUUGGCCCGUGCGCGAGCAACGAUUUGAAACGCGCGCCACACGCGCUGUCUCUCUCGCUGCGGAUGACGGAGACCAAACCGAGGGCGAGAGGAAGGGAGCGCGCGCCUAUAAGAGUGAGUGCGAGUGCAAGUGGGAGAGAGAGAGAGAGAAAGAGAACGAAAGAAUGCUCAUUGUGAAUAUUUUUAUUAAAUUUUCAAGUUUGAUGACUUCCGUCGCAACAAUUAAUAAAUAAACAUAAGCAUAAGUGGGAAAUAGCUCUGUAUUUCUCCUGCCUACGGUGUCCAUUUUGCGUCGAUCGUUAGGCAAAUUGUGUUUGUACAUACUAUUUGUACCCACACGUCGCUCGACAUGGCUCGGAUAUACAGCUCUCACCGUACCGAUUUAUAAGUCUUAUUAUUUUCUUUCACUCUUACGCCACGCCGCUCGGAAAAUCCCUUCUGUUUUAUUUAAUAAAUUAUGCAUUUCUUUCGAUACCACCCGAGAUAUAUUCAUGUGUAUGCACGUGUACAGGUACUUAUGUCGAGUGUCGUUUCGGCGGUACGAAGUUCCAUUGGUUUGGCCUGAAACAGCUUGAAGGCUCAUGCUUUCUUUCAAAUGUAGUCUUUUAUUUAUUUCAUUUUUAACUUAUCUCCCCGGUAUUCAAUAGCAUAUCCAAAUUGUCCUUGAAAUAUAAUAAAGCUAUCUGAUUUUUCUUAGUUGCAAAACUA